GCAAAGGCUCUACUGUAGUCUGUAUAGGUUCGUGUUGUUUGAUUUUCCACUGGAAAAGAAGGCUAUCAUUUUUCCAUGGAUUUGGCAUCAAAUUAUGACAUUGCCCGCACAGCUGAUUUCAUACGCAGCAGAAACUUCACUAGAGUUGCAUUGCAGUUCCCAGAUGAGCUUUUGAAGGAUUCAACGAAAGUUGUUAGUGCCCUGAGGGAUGAAUUACUCAGAGAGUUAGAUGAUGAAGGAAAGAGAGAGUACGGAGAUGUUGGGUUCUUUGUGAUGGCAGACACCACUUACGGGAGUUGCUGUGUUGAUGAAGUUGGAGCUUCACAUGUUGAUGCCGAGUGUAUUGUGCAUUAUGGACAUACUUGCUUGAGCCCAACAUCCACCUUGCCAGCAUUAUUUGUUUUUGGAAAAGCCUCCAUUUGUGUACAAGAUUGUGUCAAGUCGUUGUCAGGUUGCUUAUUGAACAAUGAAAAACCUAUUCUGGUCCUCUUUGGACUGGAAUAUGCCCAUGCAAUGCAUGGUAUUAAAGAAGCAUUGGAAGUUGAAUCAGCAAGUUUGUGUGGCCCAAUAUCCAAAAAUGCUAUCCAUUUUGCUGAUGUCCUGUGUUCAGUAAUGAAUCCAACAGAAGAUUGUGGAACUUCCAACACACAACUACAGUCCUCCGAUUGCUUGAAUGUUAAUAGAGAUUGUUCUCACUGGGAUCAAUUGAAUUCUGGAGAUGUUGGCACUAGUUAUACCAUAGGAGGCUUAACCUGGAAUUUGCCAGGACACAAGAUGGAAGACUGCAUACUUUUUUGGAUUGGUCCUGACAAUUCAGCAUUUGCAAAUGCGGUGCUCACAUAUAACCGCUGUGACACAGUCAGAUAUGACCCCACGGAGAAUUGCUUGGUGAAGGAUGUAUCUCAUAUGGCAAGAAUUAUUAAGCGCAGAUAUUACCUUGUGGAGAAAGCAAAGGAUGCAAACAUUGUUGGGAUUUUGGUGGGCACACUCGCUGUAGCUGGUUAUCUUCAUAUGAUUCGUCAAAUGAAAGAACUUAUCAUGGGAGCAGGGAAAAAGGCCUAUACUCUUGUUAUGGGAAGACCAAACCCUGCAAAGCUUGCUAACUUCCCUGAGUGUGAUGUUUUCGUUUAUGUCUCUUGUGCCCAAACUGCUCUUUUGGAUAGCAAAGAGUUCUUAGCUCCAGUUAUUACGCCUUUCGAAGCCUUUCUGGCUUUCAGCAGAGGUAGCCAGUGGACAGGAGAAUAUGUGAUGGAAUUUCGGGAUUUGGUUGCUUAUCCUUCUUCUCAAGUCGGUGACAAAUUGGAAGCUCGGUUUUCCUUUCUUCAAGGUGGUUACAUAGAAGAUAUUGAACUGCAAGAAUCAGAGAAAGAUGUGGAAGGGAAUGAAAGAUCACUUACUUUGGUGGAGGCUACAGAGAAAUCCAUUCAAGUGCAUGACAAGUAUACCCAUUCUCUUGUCAAGGGAAAAGCAAGAACUGGUGCAGAAUUUUUUGCUGCACGAUCAUAUCAUGGUCUCGAUAUCCAGACUGAGGAUUCAGGGCCUCGUUCUUUUGUUCUUGGUAGAUCUGGAAAGGCUUCGGGAUACAAGGAUGAAAAAUCUAUACAAGAAAAUAUGUGAUUUAUUGACAAAACAGAAACAAUGAAAUAGAUCACUUCCC